AUGGUGGAGCUGAACCUCUUCUCUUGUUGCUCGGAGUGGGGACCUCAGGUCCUUAACGCCCUUCCCGGGCUUCAGAGAUGCCCGGGGCUGGUCACCACAUAUUUUGGCUGCUGCUUGGCUGACGAGAAGCUGGGCCUGAAGCUGCCCUUCCCCAGCUGGUACGUGGAUCGUGGCGGAAACAGCUGCCUCAUGGCCCCGGAGGUGGCCACUGCUGCUCCCGGCCCAGGCGUUUUGAUAGACUACACCGGAGCAGACACGUGGGCGGUCGGGCCCGUGGCCUACGAGAUCCUCGGUGCCCACAACCUUUCUAUGGCAGCGGGGAAGCAACACUGGACAGCAGGCGCUACCGCGGCCAGGAGCUGCCGCCCUUGCCGGAAACGGUGCCCCUGGAAGCUGGUCGAGAGGUUGCUUCAGCAAGACCCCGCCACGGCGAGAUCUGCCCUGUUUCCUGCAAGGAGAGGCCCUUUCUCCCGGGUGGCUCUGUCUCUUCGGGAGAGCGUUCCUCUGCUAGGGCUGUCAGAACAGCACCAGCUGUGGGAUGGUGGGAGCGGGACACAUCCAGACAACCCUAGAUCAGGGAAGAAGGUUAUCCACUUCCUCCAGGAAUCCGUGGAGCCGAGAAACCACCACACGCUCUGGUUCGGCCCCCGUCACAUCCGGGCGGAGUCUGCGAUGGUGAGGCGGUUCAACCCAAGCACCGGGGCGGAUCCCUACCACUCCCUUGUGGUGGCCGACAUCGGCGACGUCAACGUCAACCUCUAUAACCUGAGGGACAGCUGCAGACAAAUCCGAGAAGCCUUCCAGAAGAUUGUGGCAGGGGGCUGCAUACCCCUUACGCUGGGCGGAGACCACACGAUAACCUACCCCAUCCUACAGGCUGUGGCAGAAAAACAUGGGCCCGUGGGGCUGGUGCAUGUGGAUGCUCACACUGACACCGCGGAUGAGGCAUUAGGGGAAAAGAUCUACCACGGGACCCCCUUCCGGCGCUGCGUGGACGAGGGUCUCCUGGACUGCAAGCGGGUAGUCCAGAUUGGCAUCCGUGGCUCUUCGUACUCUCCAGACCCAUACAAGUAUAGCCGAGAGCAGGGCUUCCGGGUCGUGCUUGCAGAAGACUGCUGGAUGAAGUCUCUCACCCCCUUGAUGGCCGAAGUGAGGACGCAGAUGGGAGACAAGCCCGUUUAUAUCAGUUUUGAUAUCGAUGGAAUAGACCCGGCCUACGCCGCUGGCACCGGGACACCCGAAAUUGCAGGACUCACCCCUGCCCAGGCUCUGGAGAUCCUCCGUGGCUGCCAAGGGCUGAAUCUCGUCGGUGGCGACCUUGUCGAAGUGGCUCCUAUCUAUGACACAUCGGGCAAUACAGCUCUCCUGGGAGCAAAUCUCCUGUUUGAAAUGCUGUGUGCCCUCCCACAAGUGAAGAAGCCGUAAGCGAAGAACCCAGGGGAACGUGUGCAGGAGAUGCCCUUGAAAAGGAAUGGACUUGCUCCCAUUGCUGAACAGAAUCAGGACCUCACCGUGUACUUGGGCCGGAUACGUCCCUUUCCUUCCAUCUCCUGCCUUUUAGGCCUCCAAAACCACAACAAACAAGGGACACCCUUGAGAAACGGGCUCAUCAACAAAACACAAGAUGCGAGGCUCUCCAGAUUUGUUUUAGAAAAUGACGUUGCUAGUCCUCAUUAUGGGGGGAGAGGGAAAACCGACCACAUGCUACUGAGCACUUAGAAACCAGAGCAGAUCUCGGUGGGUUUCCACUGGUGGCCAUCCCGAGCUGGGUGGGGGCAAGAGGAGAACAGAAUUAUCCCAUCACUGAUGGGUAGCAGCUUGAAACACAAGAGGGGGGGAUCAGCUCCUGUAAAGUAGCAAUUGUCCUUUUAAGCAUCUUUGAUUUCUUCUUUUUAAAUUAUAAAGCUCAAAUCCAGAAAAAGGCAAAGUUCAUCCCCCAUCCCCUUGGGAAGGGAGGGAUCUGCAGAAAUCAUGGAAAUAUUGCAAAAUACUUGGAAGGCAGAAAUUAGUCUAUAAUUAGAAGUCCUUAAGAGCUAAUUGCGUGUGCCUAGAUCACCGCCAGAGCUCCUCCCACUUUUUCUGGGUUAGGCCAUUCGUUUGCUUCGUUCCGUCACUGCUGCUCAGCAUCCCAGCACCUCUGAAUCCUUAAAUACAAAAUGCCCUCGUAGGACACAUCCUUCUGAGACUCAAAUGCUUUCAGUGCUAAUGAGAGAUUUAUCAUCGAGGUAGGCUACAUUUAGUGGAACAGCUUCCACUAAACCAUCCCAAAUGCAUUUCUUAUUUCAUCUCUCCUUUCCUCCAAAAAUAAGUCUAAUGAUUCUUUUCCAUCAACCGAAAUCAGAAGACUGCAUCACAUCUUGUGACACUGAGUUCCAGAUAUGAAUUCUCUGAAGCCUACAUGGAACAAGAUGAGGGGAAAGGGGGGGGAAAGGGACAGAGAAUUCAGUCAUUAUUUUUUAAAUAAAAAAAGACAUGAAGCUCAAUGAAACUGUGUGUGUAAGUGAUAGCUUGGAACCUGAUAAAAAAUAAAGACGAUUCCCCACCAA